ACAGCACACGCACAGUUCUCUUCGACCCGAGCGUUUGUGAUCCAGGCCGCAAGAAACAAGAUGACUUCCCUCAAGUUGUGGUAUUUCCCAACAAAAGGUCGGGCAGAAGCUGUGCGGUUGAUGUUGAAGGAUCAGGGUAAAGAGUGGGAGGAUAUCGCAGUAUCCGGUCAGGAGUGGCCCGCUGUAAAGCAAAGCUGCCUCUUUGGCCAGUUGCCUAAACUGGAAGACGGAAACCUGAUUUUGUACCAGACGAAUGCUAUCCGGCGACACUUGGCACGCAAACUAGGAGUGUAUGGGCAAAAUGAAAGAGACGCUGCUUUGAUUGACAUGAUGGAUGAUUCCCUCGUUGACCUUCUAGGAAAAUACAUGAAGCUCAUUUAUCAGGAAUACGACACCGGAAAAGAGAAAUAUCUCCAGGAACUGCCUGAAAAUCUCAGACGCUAUGAAAAAAUCCUGAGCGGCAAUAAAGGAGGAUUUCUGGUCGGCUCACAGAUCUCGUUUGCAGACUAUCUGCUGCUGUCGCUCCUCUUAUAUCAUCAGGUUCUCUGUCCGUCCUGUCUGGACUCUUUUCCUACCCUGAGAAGUUAUCUGGACAGAAUGUGUGCCAGACCCAACCUGCAGACUUACCUCCAGAGCGACGCUUAUAAGAGCAAACCCAUCAAUGCCAACGGAAAACAAUAAACUAUACUCGCAGAGUCCAAAUCUAGCAAAGCCUGAAAUAUUUCACCUGAAAAAUCCUGCGUGCUAUAAAACUGGCUCUAAUAAAUGUUCUUUUCUGCAUUGAAGUGUGUGUUUAGUUAAACAGAACAUUAUUAAGUGUUUUAAAUUCUUUCCACAAACUUGCUGUGAUUUUAAGCGGUUUAAUAUUUGUGGAUGUGCAGAAUCAAAAUAAAA